GGCAUUCAUUGUACAAGGGCGGAGGUUGACGUUGACGUUGAUGGCAGAAGAGGAGGCGUUGCUUGAUAAUAGCCGAGGUGGCGAGCUGAGACUGGGCUGCAGAGCAGUGAGAAGUUUGAGUCUCUUUAAUUCUGACUGUGAACAUGGCCCCCAGCACACAGCUAAACGAGACCGUUUCUGAUGUGAAGAAGGGAAUCCGGGCUAUUCUGCUCGGACCCCCGGGCGCAGGGAAAGGGACGCAGGCACCCCGCCUGGCGGAGAAGUACUGUGUGUGUCACUUAGCAACAGGUGACAUGCUGAGGGCCAUGGUGGCUUCUGGCACAGCGCUUGGUCAACGACUCAAAGAGACCAUGGACUCUGGAAAACUGGUGAGUGACGAGAUGGUCGUGGAGCUCAUUGAGAAGAACCUGGACACUCCUCCCUGUAAGAACGGCUUCCUGUUGGAUGGCUUCCCCCGUACUGUGAAACAGGCUGAGAUGCUGGAUGGUCUGCUGGACAAUCGCGCUGAGAAGCUGGACUCCGUCAUCGAGUUCAGCGUGGAGGACUCCCUGCUGGUGCGCAGAAUCUGUGGCAGACUUAUUCACCAGCCCAGCGGGCGCUCCUACCAUGAGGAAUUUAAUCCCCCGAAAGAGCCCAUGAAGGAUGAUGUGACCGGCGAGCCCCUGUCCCGCCGCAGCGAUGACAACGUGACGGCCCUGCGCUCGCGGCUGGAGUCGUACCACCGGCAGACCUCCCCACUGGUGCAGUACUACAGCACCCGCGGGCUGCACCACGCCAUCGACGCCGCCCAGUCCCCCGACCUCGUCUUCGCCUCCAUCCUCGCGGCCUUUUCCAGCGCCACCUCCGUUUGACCCCCAGCCUCUCCCACCAGUCAUGGAGAGGGAUCGAGGCCAAGGGGGAAGGGAAGAGGUCGCAACGUUGCGCUUGUGUUUGAUAGUGAUCAGGACCAUGAAUGUGCAUAACGCAGUGCAUUCUGUGAAAGUAAAGACGGAAAUAAACGUUCACUGAAACAAAUUGAUCAUGUGUCUGCAAAUAAACUGAAUUGUUUUCUA